UGAUCACCAACAAGUGCUUCGCCGUCUGGAUGCCCCGCUCGUCCCUCCUGUCCAUCUGUCCCUGAACCGGCCACCGACUCCCGCCCGAAAGUCUGGCUGGCCCAAGCGCUGAAAUCGAGCGCACCAACCUGUCGUGCCGAUCCGUGCUCUAAGUUCUGAUUCUCCAGAUCCACCCCUGCCGAUCUCGCACCCAGUCCACCCCCGGCAACCCAACUUCACCACAUCGCCGCCACACUCCAUCUAUGAACAGCUCUCAAUACAAGGGGACGCAAACGCAGGAACAGGAGCCCCUUUCGCAAAUACCGCAGGAGCCCUCCUGGGGCCGCCUCGUUCCUUUCAGCUCUGAAUAUGAUAUUCUGAACUUGCACCCCGAUCAAGACAGCUACACCAUCGGUCGCCAUCUGCGCUGCGAUUAUCGUCUGACCGAGCCGGUUAUCUCUGGCGAGCAUGCACGGAUCUUCAAGUUGCACGAUGACAGCUACGACGACGAUGCCACCAUCAUGAUCGAGGAUCUGUCUACAAACGGCACGUUCAUCAACGACAAGAAGCUGGGACGAGGCGUCCGGACCAUCCUGAUCCAUGGCGACGAGAUAUCGUUCGAGCUGCGAAACCAGAACGGGAAGAAGAAGGCUUUGACAUUCUUAUUUCAAACCCAGCGCAAGGACGCACCCGGGAACUAUAGCUGCUCACCGUUCUUUGACAAGUAUGAAUUGCGCCACGAACUCGGCAGAGGCGCGUUCUCCAUCGUAUGGAUGGCAAUCGACAAGUCCAGCGGCGAGCGUCGAGCAGCAAAGGUCAUUGAAACCAGUCGCUUCGUAUCGAAUCCGACCGUGAUGGCGUCGCUUGUCGGAGAGGUUGAAGUUCUCAGGACCAUGGAUCAUCCUAAUAUUGUCAAGUUCAUCGAGAGUUUCAACAGCGAAGAGACCAUGUUUAUUGUGAUGGAGCUGGUGUCCGGCGGCGAGCUGCACAGCUACGUUACCAAGCGCCACGGGCUCGAGGAAUACGAAGCGCAGUACUUUUUCAUACAGAUGAUUGAGAUUCUAAAGUAUUUAAAAUGUCAUCGGAUUGUCCACCGCGACCUGAAGCCCGACAACAUCCUGAUCACAAACUCUCGGAUUCUCAAACUGGUGGACUUUGGUCUUGCCAAGCCCCUCGGCACGCAGAUGCUUCAAACCAUGUGUGGCACGCCAAUGUAUAUUGCGCCGGAAGUGCUCAACAGCCAAACAUAUGACGAGAGGGCAGACUAUUACAGUAUCGGUGUUAUAUUAUACUUUAUGAUUUCAGCCAAGACGCCAUUCGAAGAGAAGUCUCUUGGUGAAGUCCUUUCCGAAAUCGAGCGCUGUGACCUGGAGUUCUCGGGUCCGCCGUGGGACAAGAGUCCACCAGAUCUUCGCGACCUCAUUACGAACCUUGUCCAGCGCGAUCCGAACAAGAGACUGACCCUCGAAGAGUUCUCGAAGCAUGCCUGGGUAACAAAGUCUAUAAACGCACCGGCCCUAUCCCGAGAAGGAACAGCUGGUGAGCACCCUCUGCCCACCGGAUUAUCCGACGCCAUAGCCGAGAUAUCAUCAGACUCUGUGGUCAAAGCAACGGUGUCGGCGGCGGUGGCGACGCCAACAACAGCAGCAACAACAACAGCAACAACAACAGCAACAACAACAGCAACAACAACAGCAACAACAACAGCAACAACAACAGCAACAGCUACAGCGGCGGCGGCAGUAGUAGUGGCGGCAGCAGCGGUUGCCUCGGCUUCGGAUGUGGUCAAGACUCCUUCGGCCGCCUGGGGUGUCUUUCGGCCCGUGGGCAGCAGUGUAUAUCCAAUCUACUUUUCAAAAAAGUCGCUCCUGAUCGGGCGCCACGAAGCCUCGGAUGUUGUGCUCAAGGAUCAGCGUGUAUCAUCGUCGCAUUGUCAAAUCUUCAACAACAAUGAUAAAAUAAUUCUCAAGGACAAUUCAUCCAACGGCGUUCGUGUCAAUAGAGUGCUGGUUGGAAAGGGGAAAGAAUGCGUCCUGAUACAUGGCUCGAGUGUCGCUUGUUCCAGCCGGCGUGGUCAGAGACGGCCAGCCAGACGUAGUCUUUGAUUACAUUUUUGAACGCAUUGGCUCAAAACGCAAGAUGUCAGCAUCGGACCCGCAAUCCCUUCGAGAAAUAGGUCCGAAACGAAGGGUCAUGGCUUGGCGACUGUUGCCGCUCAACGACAACACAGCGAGCUG